CGCGACGCUUCGCGGCGCGGCGCCCGACGGCAGCGCCCCCAGCCUGAGGGGAGAGGCGGCGGCGGGGGCGAGAUGGCGGCGGGGACGGGGACGGCAGCGGGCAGGGUGCUGCCCGCCUCGCCCAACUGGUACUGCAGCCGCUGCAGCGACACCAGCGCCGACGGCCGCUUCUUCGGCUUCGCCGCCAGGCACCGCAUCUGCCUGCUGGAUGUCAGCAGCCCCGCCGCGCCCGCUUUUUACGGGGAGCUGCUCGGGCACACGGACAGGGUGGGCGCCUUCGCCUUCUGCCGGCACCCCGCGCACGGCGGCCUCUGCGCCAGCGGCUCCGACGAUGGCAGCGUGCAGCUGUGGGACGCCGACAGCCUGGGCCCGCUGGCGGAGCACGACCUGCACCAGAAUGCAGUUUCAGCGUUGCACUGGUCACCCCUUGUGAAAGAUUUGGUUGUAUCCGGUGAUGAAAAAGGGAUAAUUGUUUGUUACUGGCAUAGCAGAAGCGACAGCCAGCAAUUCUUCCCAGAGCCUCGGACAAUUUUUUGUCUCACUUGUUCUCCUCAUAAUGAAAACCUCGUGGCUGUUGGCUACAAGGAUGGCAUGGUGAUUGUAAUUGACAUCAGCAGGAAAAAAGAAAUUCUUCAUAGGCUAAGAGGUCAUGACGAUGAAAUACAUUGUCUGGCCUGGUGCCCUGUGCCAGGUGAAGAAAGGUUACCUGCUUGGCAAGAUGAAGUCCAAGAAGCAGGUGAAGUUCCAAAUGGGGAGCUGAGUCAAGAUGCAACCACGAAGAAAGGUUGUUACCUGGCUUCAGGAAGCAAAGAUCAGACCAUACGAAUAUGGAGCUGUACUAGAGGCAGAAGUGUUAUGACUUUGAAGUUGCCACCCACAAAGAGAAGAGGUGGAGCUAUUGAUCCUGCUGUCAAAGAGCGUAUUUGGCUGACUGUUCAUUGGCCUUCUGGUCGUUCCACAGAAAUUGUAUCCAGCUCCUUUGGAGGAGAACUGCUGCUCUGGGAUUUGACCCAACCUGGAAAACGCAAGUGGACACUUUUAGGAUCUUCAGAAGGACAAAAUCAUUCCCGUAUUGUGUUCAAUCUGUGUUCCGUGAAGCAUCAAGACAAAGAGCUACUUUUUUCCAUUUCAAUGGAUAGAGAUGUGAAGUGCUGGGACCUAUCAACUCUUGAUUGUAGCUGGACAAUGCCCUCGCUUGGGGGAUUUGUCUAUAGUCUUGCCUUCUCCCCUGUGGACCCAGGCUGCCUUGCCAUUGGUGUUGGGGACAGCAUGAUCCGUGUCUGGAAUACUUUGUCCAUGAGCAAUAUCUAUGACGUUAAAACCUUCUGGCAAAGCAUAAAAUCCAAGGUUACAGCAUUAUCGUGGCAUCCAACUAAGGAAGGUUGCUUGGCUUUUGGAACAGAUGAUGGAAAAGUUGGCAUAUUUGACACCUUUUCCAGCAGUGCAAAGAACAAGCCGCCUCAGAUCUCCAGUACUUACCACAAGAAGACUGUGUACACACUAGCCUGGGGGCCUCCAACUCCACCUCUGUCUUCUGGAGAAGGUGAACAACCCUCUGUAACUUUAUAUAGCUGUGCUGGAGAAGGUAUUGUUUUUCAACACAACCCUUGGAAGCUUAGUGGGGAGGCAAAUGACAUCAACAAGGUCAUCAGAGACACUAAUUCAAUCAAACACAAACUGCCUGCACGUACAGAGAUUAGCUGGAAACCAGAUGGAAAACUCUUGGCUCUUGGCAAUGAAGAUGGGUCAAUUGAAAUAUUUCAGGCUCCAAGCUUGAAGCUGCUCUGCACUAUCCAGCAGCAUCAUAAACUGAUUAACGCUAUUCGAUGGCAUCACGAGCAUGGGAGCCAGCCAGAGCUGAGUUACUUGAUAGCUUCAGGCUCAGUCAAUGCCACUAUUUAUGUGCAUAAUCUGAAGAGUGUCGUAGAGAACACUUCAGAAAGUCCUUUGACAAUAACAGAGCCUUUUCGAACUCUGUCGGGGCACACAGCUAAAAUCACAAGUCUUUCGUGGAGUCCCCACCAUGAGGGCAGACUGGUAUCAGCUUGUUAUGAUGGCACUGCACAGGUAUGGGAUGUUAUGAAGGAAGAGCCACUCUGCAACUAUCGAGGUCACCAGGGCCGGCUACUGUGUGUGCAGUGGUCACCAGUGGAUUCAGAUUCUGUUUAUACUGGAGCUGAUGACUUUUAUGUUCACAAGUGGUACAUCUCAAAGCAGGAACAUACACGGCCACCUCAGGGCAAAAAAAGUAUAGAAUUAGAGAAAAAAAGAAGUAUCCAACCAAAAGUCAAAGCCAAGAAGAAGAAAAAGCCUAUAGGAAAGAGUCCAGCCAAACAGGAUCUAAGUGAUGUCGCGAAUGGAGAUGAGAGCGUGAAGGAUGUAUUGCUAGAGGAAAAUGGAGUGUCAGACCAUGAAGGAGAAAAAGAAGCUCGGGAGAUGGAGUUGCCUGAUAAAGUUUCCACACCUGCAUCCAAGGAUGUAUCUUCAUCUGCAUCUGAAUCUCCAUUCAGUUUGUCAAAGCCUUUUGUUACCCAGAAAGCCAUUCCCGUGAAAAAAGAUCCACCUAAAGAGAAACCAAUUUUUGAUGCCUCUCUGAAGAAGAAGAAGCCUCGCUCUAUUCUACCCUUCACCACAUCCAUGGAUCACAGAUCAAAAGAUGAAUUGCAUCAGGACUGCUUGAGGCUGGCUACAUGUCUGAAAACCAAAGAUCAUAAUGAAGAAGUGUCCCCUGACCUCGGGGAUCGUAUCCACCUGGGGCUCUUCGCAGACAGAGCUUCUCUGCACAACAUGAUUGAUGUGGAAGGAAAAUAUCACUUGGAGAAUGGACAUCCUGAGCUCUAUCAGCAGCUCAUGUUGUGGAAAGGAGAUAUGAAGGGCGUCCUCCAGGCAGCUGCUGAGAGGGGAGAGCUGACAGACCAGCUGGUAGCAAUCUCGCCUAUGGUUGGAUAUCAGGCUUGGGUUUGGACAGUAGAAGCCUUUGCAAAGCAGCUGUGCUUUCAGGAGCAAUAUGUGAAAGCUGCCUCCCAUCUCCUGUCCAUCCAUAAAGUAUAUGAGGCUGUUGAGCUCCUGAAAGUGAAUCAUUUUUACAGGGAAGCAAUUGUAAUUGCUAAGGCCAGGUUGCGUCCAGAAGAUCCAAUUCUGAAGGAUCUCUACACCAGUUGGGCAGCUCUGUUAGAGAAAGAUGGUCAUUAUUCCAUGGCUGCCAAAUGUUAUUUGGGAGCUUCCUCACCCUAUGAUGCAGUUAAGGUGUUGGCAAAAAAGGGGGAUGUGACAUCCCUUAAAGCUGCUGCUGAGCUUGCUCUGAUAUCUGGAGAGGAGGAAUUGUCGGCAAGUUUGUCUUUCAGAUGUGCCCAAGAGCUGCUGUUAUCCAGAAACUGGGUUGGAGCUCAGGAGGUCCUUCAACAACAGAAAACAUUAUUUGGGCAAAGACUUGUUUUCUGCCUCAACGAACUGCUUUGCAAGUGCCUUAGUGAAAGAAAUCCCUGUAACCGAAAGAGCCCUGUGCCUCCCUGUUACCACAGCUGGGAGCUGAACAGAGACGCUUCAUUUUUUGACAUGGUGAUAGAAGUGUGGCAGAAGGAGCUGGGCAUGAACACCACUGAAAAAGCCACAUGUGCACAGGAGCAGCUACGGAGUAUUGAGCAUCCUCCUUCUACCAGCAACACCCACCCAAAGCAGGUGCUUUUCCAUAUCUCCCAUGACCUGACCCUUGCAGCACUGAGCUAUCAGGCUGCUGCUUGGAAUGAAGCAGUGAAAAGUAUUCUUGGUGCUGUGACCCGCAGCUACGAUGCUGGCAAUUUUAUUUUGAUGCAAGAGCUUUGCAGUAUCUUCCUUCCUGAAGGUUGUGAGAACCUGAGAGACAAACUGGACAGCACAAAUUCUCAAAGCAUGGCUGCUUGCAGAAGUUUAGAGGGCUUCGCAGCUUAUGGACUGCUGUAUGACCUGUGGUGGAAUCCACCCAAAGAUUCCACCGUCUUGCAGAAGACUGGUUUGGAUCCUGUGCUGUGUCCCAGUGAGCAGCCAGCUCUUGAGCAGAGUUCCGUAUCAGGUCCCUCCUCUCCUGAAGAUACUCCUGAUCAAACUGCAACUAAGAUGGAUGAAAAUCUCAGCAGUACAACUGAAUUUCAGAGAUGUGAGCCAGAAAGUGACUCGAGAACUAGCUCAGUCGAUUUGGUAGACAGACAGUCAAAACUGAAUGGCUGCAAAGUGCUUCUUUCAGAAGCGACUGCUGCUUUACAGAACACGCAGAGAGAUAUAGCUGAGGUCCAGCAGAUUUUAGCAGACAUGAUACACCAGCAUCAGCAGCAGAGGAACAAUCUCCAGGAAAGCACAAAUGGAAGCAUCCAGGAAGGCAACGUGCCGCAGAGUUCAGAGAAUGAAUCAGAUAAACCAAGCUCUGACAAGAGCCAGAUAAACGGUAAAGAUGAAGUAAAGGAAACGAUUACCCUCCCUGAGCUAACGAAGCGACUUCUAGAAGCAAAGCAGAAACUAGCAGAAUUUCCAGACAGUUUAAAGUUCUAUCCCUUCCCUGAUGUGCUGGAGUGUUGCCUUGUACUCCUUCACAUGGGAUCCCAGUGUCCUCCUGAACUCCGUGAACAGGCAUUGGAUCUCCUCCGUAAACACGGUAGUGCUAACGUUUACAAGAAGGCUGGUGGGAAGUUCUUGACAUGACGUUUUGAGACCAGGCACAGCUCCUCAGAGCUAUCCUCAAUUGCUUAACACCAAUUAACACCGCCAAGGCUGUUCUUCCUUCAACUGAAGGUUUGUUUCUAUGGAUGUGGUUACUGAUGACUACGGUUUUGGAAAAAAAUACGAAAAAAUCAGGUUUAUAUACAGACACUCAUGGUCAUCGACUACUACUAAAGAGACUGUUAGAGAACUGAAAAGCAGUAGACUGUGGCCUUGAAACAGUAGAGGAUUUUUGUAUUAUCUUUUUUUAUUUGUUGAAAGUUAAGCCAAGGAAAGCUCUUGGAAUUUAUGUUUAAGAGAAACAGUUUUGAGCAGCUAUAUCAGUCUUUCAGCAGAGGAAGAAUAGGAGCCACCCUCCAGAAAAAAAUAAUGGUUCCUUUAGGUAGUCUGACCCUCCAACCAGUAUUGUUCUUAGGAGCAUUGUGAAUUAUUUUCCCUCCUCUAAAUAAAGUCUUCUACAAGCAGGAA